CUCGUCAGUUAAGAAAGAAGCAAAGAAAUUUCAUUGCCUGCAAUUGCAAUCAGAAGAACAACCUACUGAACUGCAUAGGACAGCUAACUUCAAUCAGCUUCGAGGAGAGAACAUGGCAAACCCUCAUUUAUCAGAUUCUUGGGAAGUGGCGCUUAACCGUUUUCUUGCUACAUCUUCAAAAUUUGAGGAACUGCCAGGUGAAAAUAGCUUUAGCACAAUGCUACGGAAAUUGAAGUGUUCUUUGCUGGCUGGAACUAAGGUGCUUGCUGAUGCGGAACAGAAAGCUUAUGAUGUUAAAGGAGUAAAGAUGUGGCUCACUGAAUUCCAAGAUGCUUCCUUCUUUGCAGAGAAUAUUCUCGAAGACGUAUCAACAAAAGUUUUACGAGACGAAAAAUAUUAUUUAUGGACACCAAAACUGGAACUAAACCUUGAUGCUGAGCUCCAGGAAAAGAUGGAAGGCGUAGUUGCACUACUGGAACACCUUGUGGGUCAAAUUAAAGUGCUUGGACUGUCGGUAUAUGCACAGUGGAAGCCAAGGUCACACACGAGUCCUCUUUUUCAUCACGUAGAAGCAGUUGGGCGAGAGGCAGAUAAGCUAGCAUUUACCAACUUGCUACUUUCUGGUGAUAAAGUAUCCUGUGGAACUCCGAAUGUUAUCUCAGUUAACGGAAUGCCAGGGAUUGGCAAGACUACGCUGGUACAAGCCGUUUACAAUGACGAGAGUGUGACCAGGCAUUUUGAUCAUAAAGUGUGGAUCAAUGUUGGGAAACAGUUUGAUGUCUUCAGGGUGACCAAAGACGUUCUCCACAAAGUAAGUUCUGGAGCAGUUAACACUGAGGAUCAUCUAUCUUCACUUCAAGUUCAGCUGAUGGAAACACUUGCAGGGAAGAGGUUUCUACUUGUUUUAGAUGAUUUUUGGUCUGAGAAUAGUUCAAAAUGGCAACUUUUCCUUACUUCUUUUACUGGCGUAUCAGAAGGAAGCAGGAUUGUUUUAACUACCCAAAAUGAUAUUGUCAGUUUUGUCAGGAAGGCAGCAGAAACCUACCGGCUGAGGCUGAUGACUGAUAUAGAAUGCUGGGAGCUGAUCUGCAGUUCUGUAUUUGGGUGUAAGUUAGUAAAUUAUAUAGACCAAGAACUAGAAAGGACUGGCAAAAGGAUCGCAGAACAAUGUAAGGGCCUGCCAUUAGCAGCCACAACUAUCGCACGUCAUCUCCGGUCCAGGCCAGUUCUUAAAGAAUGGAAUGAUGUGUCAGACAAUUUCUUGUACUACACUUCCGGUGUCCUUGAAGUUCUUAUGCGGAGCUAUGAUUCUCUCCCUUGUCACCUUAAGCGAUGUUUUGCCUUCUGCUCCAUCUUCCCAAAGGGUUACGUAUUUAAUAGGAAUAACUUGGUGCUGCUAUGGAUGGCAGUUGACCUCGUAUACCAACCCGAGAGCAACCAAAGAUCGGAAGACACUGGUAACGAGUACCUCGAAGAUUUAGUUGCUAGAUCUUUUCUCCAGCCAUUGGACGACAAGAAAACGUUUACAAUGCACGAUUUCAUGAAUGAUUUAGCCAAAACUGCUGCAGGAGAGCUUUGCUUCAGACUGGAGGACAACAAUUUGUUGCAGAUACCAGAGAGGGUCAGACAUCUAUCAUUUUGUGGAAAUCAAUGGGGUUCUUCUGUAGCCUACACUCUCACCCGUGGUAACUAUCUAAGAACCUUUCUUCCUCUAGUUGUCCCGCCACCACCUUCUGGGUCUUCUGAACUUGCAAAGAACGCUCUAUAUCCAUUGCCAAACUUCUCAGAACAGGCAUUGAUGUAUCUGCGUAUUCUUGACUUGUCUCACUACCGUAUAACAGUCCUUCCUAAAUCAUUCGAGGGACUACAGCAGCUGCGAUAUCUAGAUCUUUCCAACACCCAAGUGCAAGAACUUCCAGAGUUUUUGUUCAUCCUCCGUAAUCUACAGACGCUUUUCUUGUCAAAUUGCCGUCAACUCAGAAGACUGACAGCAUACAUAACAAAACUCAUCAGCUUGCGUUAUCUGGACCUCUUAGGGACUCCAUUAGUAAAGAUGCCACAAGGAAUUAGUAACCUUCGAAGCUUGCAGAAUCUGUCAAAUUUUGUUAUUGGAAAUCUGAGUGGUGCGGGACUCCAAGAACUGAGAAAACUCUCUCAUCUUCGAGGGACACUUCACAUCUCUGAGCUGCAAAAUGUGGUCUCCGUUGGAGAGGCAAGUAACCCUGGUUUAGGAGAGAAGCCACUCCUCAAGAAUUUGGUCCUCACAUGGACUAUGGAAACUUCUGGUUCCAAUAAGAUAAGUUGUGACCAACGUGAGUUGCUUAAAAUGCUGCAACCUCAUCAUAACUUGGAAACGGUUAGCAUAAACUCUUAUUGGGGUGCGACAUUUCCUAAUUGGUUGGGAGAUAUUUCAUUCAACAGAAUGACGUCUGUCUCUUUGACUAGCUGCAGUCUCUGCAUAUUGCUGCCGCCACUGGGACAGCUGCCUCACCUCAGGGAUCUCAGCAUUGAGAAAUUCAAGAUAUUGAAGAAGGUUGGUGUAGAGGUUUUCUACGGUAAGAACGACACAUUCUCUUCCCUAGAACCGUUUCAAAACCUUCGGACUCUAAGUUUCUACGAGAUGCCAAGAUGGGAAGAAUGGUGUUGUCCUGAACUAGAAGGUGGGAUCUUUCCACGCCUUAAUAAACUGACCAUAAGAAGUUGCCCCAACCUCAAGAAUAUUCCAAAGGAGCUCCCAAAAUUCACUCACGUUACUACUAUCUGGGAUUCCAGUUUACGAAGUGAGGAGUAUUAUACUACAGAACCAUCAUUGUCUGAAAAAGAUGGUUCUGGAAGUCUGAGAGUACUACAUAUUGAAGGAUGUCCCGGAUUACUAUAUCUGCAACAAAGCUCGUCCCAGAACUAUGAAGAUAUAGCUGUAGCCACAAAGCCAUAUCAGGAAGAUCACUCAUAUAGGUUGACUACACUCUCAAGUGAUGCUGGUAGCACUUCUGGAAAAAAGAUGCCUCAAGAAGACCAAGAUGACACGGGUUUAGAGAGUUAUAAAGUGACAACAGUUCCUGAGCUAGGAAAUCUUACUGAAAGUCUGAGAGUACUACAUAUUGAAGGAUGUCCCGGAUUAAUAAAUCUGCCCGAGAGCUUGUUGCAAGAUUGUCCCGGUCUCGAGGAACUUUUACUCAUUGACUGCCAUUCCCUGGAGGCCAUUCCUGGAGGAUACCCUUCCACCACUUUGAAAACCCUGUACAUAAGAGAUUGCAUGAAGCUGGAAUUUAUACAAAGUCUGCAGACAAUGCUCAUAAUCCCGCAGCUCGAGGAUCUCUACAUAGGCAGCAGUUGCCGCAAUCUCUCUUCAUUCCCGUUAGUUCUUUUCCCAAAUCUCAAAAGCCUUUCAAUAAGAGACUGUGAGCAAUUUAGCUCCUUCACCGUCACCUUGGCUGGUGGUGAUGCUGAUCUAGCUCUUGAGGCCUUGGAGAUUACGGAUUGCCAGAAGCUGGAGUUCUUCCCAGAAGGAGGACUAAGGACACUGAAACUCACAUCAAUUUUAAUCUCAAAUUGUAGGAAUCUUAAAGGGCUGCCUGCAAAAAUUGCCACCCUCACUUCUCUUGAAUCGAUUCAUAUAAACGAAUGUCCUAAACUUGAGGCCAAUCCAUUCUGGGGUUUCCCCAAAAGUCUUCAAACGCUUUGCAUCAGUCGCUGUCAAAAGCUCAGACCAAAAGAGAAUUGGUUAAUGAGUUACCUUGGUAACUUGCGUGAUCUUGAGAUCGAAGGAGGAAAUGAUGACACUGAAUCAUUUCCAGAGGAAGAGCUCCUGCCUCGGGGUCUUUACUCACUACGCAUAAGCGAAUUCAAAAGUCUCCGGACUCUCAAUUACAGAGGACUUGAAGGCUUACCAAAACUGGGGAUACUAGAAAUCAGCGGAUGUGGUAUGUUAGAAUCACUUCCAGAAGAAGGCCUUCCUUCGUCCCUAUCUCUACUGCGCAUAAAUGAUAGUCCUAUAUUGAAAGAAAAGAUUUCUAGACAAGACAUGGAAUGGUUCAAGAUCAGGCAUAUCCAGUUGGUGGAGAUUGAUGGUGAACAACUCAUGCGUGGAAGGAAGAAUACUGAAUCUCUCUCUCCUAAGAACAUGUAUAUUACAGAGAUGCCCUAACUGCGUAUUCAGAUCCAGAAAUCUUCAAUGUCAUUGAAGUCCCUUGUACCACUCUAUUUUCGUGAGCAUGAUGUUGAAAGACUGAAAGUACAUUAUAGAAAUGGUUUGAUACACUCGAUCUUGUAAUUUCAUAAAUAACAGUAAGUUCAUUGAA